UCUAAUCUGUCUUCAAUCAAACACGGCGCGUCCUCCCUGUAGAAGUUUUGGUACCACUUCUAAGUUGGCGGUUGCUAUGGCUGCGAGUUCAUACGAGGCUGGCAGAGAGGGAAGUGACGAGCGGGGCUGUUGUUGGGACACGUGACUGGAGCUGCACUGAUCUGUUUUGACAAGCAGCAGGGAGGGAAGUGAGGAGGGGAGGCAGACUGUAAGCAUCACGACCAGGAGCACUCACUGUUCCUUUCAUCUGCAUUUCGCCUGAAUAUUAUUAGUAUCGACCUAGUCGUGUAGUUUCAUUGGUCGGAUGGCCUGUCAGCGGUAAAACAGCGACUGAUACUUAGUUAACGCUCGUGGAAAACGUUGCGGUCGUUACCGAAGCGUUGCAGCAGAGAGUCGGGCUGUUUGUUUGAAAAGUUUUAAUGAAGAUCACAAAGGAAGUCGGUACAGGUGGCGUCUCUAACGUUAAGUAGAUGGCGACUGUUCGAGAGCUGUGGACGGACAGAAAGCGGAGCAUAUCCGCCUGAUAUCGUCGGUAAACAUUUCGUGAGAAGAAUGAUACGCUAAAUAUGCUCUCGUCGUAGCAGAAAAUACCGAGACCGUCCGUCAUCGGCAUCGGUGUUUGUAGCUGAGCUGUGGCUACCUGCACUACACUGGGGGUUGGGAUGUUUGCGAUGUUGUCGUCACCCGCAGACGCUUAACAACUCAGUAACGAUAAGGUUAAUUGGUUGAGUUUGCUACCUAGCUAACACUGCUGAGUUAGCAGGCGUCCGCUCAGGCAGGAGUGUUGUGAGGAGCCAGCGUUACAUGAGAGGGGACUCAGAAAUGCAUCGCGAUGUAACUAUGGUUCAGGUGGUGUAAUCUGAGACGGGCUGUAAGAGUAGCCAGCUUGCUAGUUAUAUUACUAGUAGUCAGAUUGGUUACUCGCUAGCAAGCAGAUUGACAACUCCAGUACCUGAAGCCAACUAUAACUGGCAUUCGCGAUCAGCUGUCUUUGUGUUAGUCAGUUGGACAAUACAGUGCGACUCGAUGGAAGCGUACAGUAGCAUGCUAACAAAGCAAUGCUUUGUUGUUGGAUAGGGGCCGCUGGCACCAACACAGGCUUCACAGCUGAUAUUAUUGCUUAGCUAAUACAGCAGGUCUCAGUCACAGAGGGUUUGGGGGGUGCAGACACCGUUGUGCUACUGUCAAAGGCUGUGUGUGAUAGAAAAAAAGAGAAGACUGAGAAAACCCUGAAAGAGACCCUGACGACAACCUGAUGACACUGGACAACAUGAAGCCCGAGCGAGAUGCAACGGAGGAAUUUUUCGAGUAUGAUGCGGAGGAGUUCCUGGUGUUCCUGACCUUACUUAUCACAGAGGGAAGGACACCAGAAUAUUCUGUGAAGGGCAGGACCGAGGGGCUGCACUGUCCGCCGGCCCAGUCGGCCAUGCCGCCUCUUCACAAGCACGAAUGCAGUGACAAACUGCCCCAGUGUCGGCAGGCAAGGCGAACCCGUUCGGAGGUGAUUCUGCUUUGGAGGAACAGCAUCCCCAUCAUGAUCGAGGUCAUGCUCUUGCCAGACUGUUGCUAUGGUGAUGAGUGCCCCCCGAGUGACCCCAUCAGUGACCCGGUCAUUAAACAAGAUGCUUUGUUGCUGGAGAGAUGGACCCUGCAGCCAGUUCCAAGACAAAGCGGUGAUCGUUUCAUUGAGGAGAAGACCCUGCUGUUGGCUGUUCGCUCCUACGUCUUCUUUUCCCAGCUCAGCGCCUGGCUCAGUGCCUCCCAUGGCAUUGUCCCCAGAAACAUCCUGUACAGGAUCAGUGCUGCUGAUGAAGAGUUGGUGUGGCAAUUCUCCCAGCCGCCUUCAGAGCACAUUUUCCCUGUCCCCAAUGUAUCCCAGAGUGUUGCACUGCAGGUUCGUGUCCAGUCACUCCCCCGACAACCUACCUACCCUACCCUAGCCUGCAGCAUCCAUACUGGCCUGCCUCCGCUUUACAGCAAGACCCCUAGCCUAAACCCAAACUUCAACAGCCAUGGUGGCCUGCCCACCCUCAAAAAGAGCCAGGACCCCAGCAAAGACAACCUCCUUCACAACUCUAACAUAUACAGCAAGAGUUCCAACUCCAUGUCUGGCCUUCUCCUCAAUGGAUUACCCAUUCCUAAUCUUCCCAUCAACAACAUCCCCAUUAAUAGCCUCCCUCACACUGCUGUGCCACCUUCCUACAGCAAGAAGAGCCAGGAGCCUGGUGAAAACCAUGCGUAUCAGAACGGAGAGCUUCCGCAGGUCAACAUCCCCCAACGUCAGGGUUCACCACUGUUCCAUAAAUCCUCCCACUCCCCCACACCCUCCCGCUCCACCUCUCCACUUCCCACAAGUAAAGCAGGGAAGUGGUUGUACUCAGCCCUUAAUGGUUCAUCUGACCCCGCAGUAGAGGACUAUGGGUCUGGCACCAACAGCAGUGAUAAGUCAAAGGGACCCAUCCCUGAGCCACUGAGAGCUUUUAAGAAUUUUUCCUUGGCUGAGCCACCCCGCUGCCCCUCCCCGAGGCCUACUGCAAGUGAAACAAACCCCCUGAUUGGCUCCCUGCUGCAGGAGAGACAGGAAGUUAUCGCCCGCAUCGCACAGAGGCUCAACUUCUGCGACCCCACAGCACCGCCAAUUCCUCCUGGCCUUUUUGCUUCUGACAACCCUCCCAAAGCCAUGUGGGGCAGUAACCAUGACGACAUAACUGCCAGUAAGACCAAAGAGCCCGAGAUACCGCCCUAUGAGUCUGUGGGACGUGUGUGGCCCAGCCCCUUCAACACACCCGUGACUGACACUUCUUUCAGCAAACGGGAGAGCUCCUCCCCUAAACCUGCGGCCUGCAGGAAGCUGAGAAUGACUGAGACGAAAGACAGAGAGGAGGAGAAGAAUGGAGAGAGGGUGAGAGACCGAGAGAAAGAGAGAGACAGGGAGAGGGAGAGAGACAGCUCCCUAAUUGCCCAGGCAGUACAAGACAUCACUAGACUCAUCCAGGAGAGACUGUCUGUCCCCUCUCUGUCGCCCAGGCACAGCAGAAGCAGCAGCCCUCUGCACCACACGCACACAACAACAGUCACACACACGGUCCGCACAUACUCGCACACCACACACAUCCCACAAGCCUCACACACUGCCACCAACGGCUAUACCAACGGCCACAUACCCAGCCACGAACCUCACAGAGGCAGUACGCACACCGCUGCCACACAUGCGCCCGUUUGCACAGACAAGCCCCGAGCUGAUCUGGGGACCGAAUGCCAUUCUCCCAGGGCCCAAAAUGGUGCUCAUUUUACACUUGAAGAACCCUCAUUCAGAGGCCAGUCCCACACCCUGGCUGGUCAGCGUUUACGAACUCCCCCACAGGAAAAGCUCAGAGUCAGGACAGCCAGCAGCCAUGAAAUCCCCUCUGCCUCCCCCGUCCUCGAAAACAGCCCAAGGAAUGCCCAGAUUUUUAGUUGGACUUGCAAUGAUGCCAGCCCAGCCAUGAACUGUAACAUAAGCCACAACCACAGCAAGCCUCAGCCUCAGCCUCAGCCUCAGUCCCAGAUGCAGAUGCAGAGCUGCGGACAAGCCCAGGCCUCUGCCCUUCAGGAUGAGAACCAGGCACCCUCGGAGUCUAGAUGCUCCAGCACCUCCAGUCCCGACAUGACUCCCCCUCCUUCUGUACUGCGUGCUCACAGCCCCUCCCCUCUGCGCCCCUGCAACAGCUGGAAGAAACAGAAUCGCCACUCAUUAGACGCCACAGCAACCAAGGCCUUCCAUCCCUGCACUGGCCUGCCACUGCUCUCCAGCCCUGUUCCUCAGAGGAAAACUCAAACAGGCUACUUUGACCUGAACACCUCUCUGGCUGGCUGUAAGGGUUUGCCUUGGGCCUCUGGGAAAAGGGUGUGUCCAAAGAGAGAGGGGUACACAGAUGAGUCACAGCAGCUGUUCAGCGCCAGUGCUCCACCUGCCAGUCUCAGUCUGCUGGGAAAUUUUGAGGAGUGUGUGCUGAACUACCGCCUGGAGCCUUUAGGGACAGUGGAGGGUUUCACAGCAGAGGUUGGAGCCAGCGGGUCCUUCUGCCCCAGUCACCUGACCUUACCUGUGGAUGUGUCAUUCUACAGUGUCUCUGAUGACAACGCUCCCUCACCAUAUAUGGGUGUGAUAAACCUGGAGUCCCUGGGAAAAAGGGGCUACCGUGUACCUCCAUCAGGAACCAUUCAAGUGACCUUAUUCAACCCUAACAAGACAGUGGUAAAGAUGUUUGUUGUGAUGUACGACCUACGAGCCAUGCCAGCUGGACACCAGACCUUCCUACGCCAGAGGACCUUCUCCGUUCCCGUCCGCCGUGACACAAGCAAUCAGACCAGCAGGAAGCCCCUGACCUUGGGCCAGGGACGCACCUUGCGCUACCUCGUGCAUCUGAGGUUCCAGAGCUCUAAGUCUGGGAAGAUCUACCUCCAUAGGGACAUCCGUCUGCUGUUUUCCAGGAAGUCCAUGGAGGUGGACAGCGGUGCUGCCUAUGAGCUCCAGUCCUUCACAGAAUCUCCCAUUGACCCACCGUUCUCUCCCCGUUGCUGAGGCCUGACUCCUUCCCUCCCUCCCCCACCGGGCAGGCCACUACUGAAGCUUCAAUCACACCUCGAUGCCAGCGAUGGAUUCUUGCUCAGCCCAUUAGGCUGUGGCUAGUAUUGGAAAAGAGAAGAGGUUUAAGGACGGCAGCCAACAAGACUAACCUGGCCUGUGCCCAAAAUCUUAAAUUUCAUCCCUUUUGUCACCCGGAACUGACAAAGGGAGGCUAGGAGCCUGGGAGACUGGUCAGAAAUGAAACCUUGUUCCCUGUUAAGUGCACGAUUUUGGAUCAGAGAGGGGUCAAAGGUUAUGGGGUAUGCUUCAGAUCCUGUUCUCCUGGUUAAGAAGGCCUUGUCAGAUUUGAUAGGUAGUGAUUUUUCCUGCUGUUGUGUGCAUCCCCUCCAGCGUCUGGCAGGAGAGAAGAGACCAGUGAUUGUCUGCAGAAGCAGUUAGACUGUUAAAUUAUCUCAACAAGUUUACUCCUGUUUACUCAAAUCAAAAUGUUAAUUGGACUUUUACUUGACAUAAUAAAUAAGUGUUAAAAUUUCAAUUAGUUUUUUUUUCAUAAAUGCGAUACAAGGCCCUUUUAAUGGUAAAAGAAUUUGUAUUAAAUCCUUGAAUAUUAGAUUGAUUGAACUGAUGGUGAACUCAGCUUUGACCCUGUGAUUCCUGAGCCCGGAGCAGAGGGUGUGCAUAUGGAAGAGGGUGAACUGGGGUGGCAGACUGUCCUGCAACGUCGUCCCCUUGUCCAAAAGAAAAACACAUAGCAUGGACCACUAACGAAGUCGAACAAGCAAUCAAGCUCGAUUCAACUGAAAGCAUCACAGCAGAACAUCAGAAGUGCACUGUGGAUUUUUUUUCUCAUUAUAACUGGAAAUGAAACAGAAAAUAGUAAUAUUCUAAUACUUUUGUACUGUUACAGAACCACUUUAUUGGAAGUGUCGCAAUAGAAAAAGUAACCUUAGUUUAGUGUUUACACAUUCACUUUCAGUUUACUUAUCAUCAGUUUAUUUAAUAUUUAAAUUAAUAUUUCAGUUACUACUUGUGACGUCCGUCAUGCUAAGAUGAUGUAGUGCAAACUGUAUAUCAUAGUAUGUAUUUUUGACAUUAAUAUUCAAAUCUGAAAAAAUAUAUCUAUAUAUCUUCUAAAGCAAA